AUGUCCUUCCUAUGGACAGGGUAUCCCAGUGGGCUUGACGAGAUGGGAGAAUGUUAUAGCAAGAAAUCUGUGGUCCCAGGGUCUGAAACCCCACGGAGAAGCAGCAUCACAUCUGCAAGUUCAGAGUCAAAUAUACAACAGAGAAACAAGAUGCCGAAAGAGUCCCUGGAAACCGGACACAUGGCGUUUACUUUGGCACAACUUGAGGCCCUGGAGAUUUGCCUGAAGGAAGCAGAAGAAAAGGCUAAAUCCUUAUCUAAACAGCUUGCAGCCUCUGAAGGAACAAAAUCAAAACUGCUUGAGCAAGUUUCCUGGCUGGAGGAAAAACUAGGGGCCCUGGAUCAUAAGGAAGGCAGUGGGGAACCAUAUAAAAAAAUGGUCCUUGCAAAAGACCAGUGCAUUGAGAGGUUACAAGCUGAAGUAAAAGCUUCCCAGGAGCAACUUAUAGCCCAUAAACUAAAGCACAAAAGGAAACUGAAAAAGCUGCAAACUGAUUUGGCAACAGCUAAGCAAGAAGCUGCCAUCACAGUCAUGGAACUCAAUGAGAAGAUAAGGACUCUACAUGAAGGAAAGACAGCCCCUAGAGACAACCCUCAGGAGGAGCCCUGUGGAGGUCUCCCGCCUGUGGAAGAAGGUGAUCGAAAAAUUAACCUGAUUAUGGAGUUGUCGACGCAGGUGUCCCUUCAGAAUGAAAAGAUCACCCAGCUGGAAGAAGUUUUAGAGGAAAAGGAAAGAAAGAUUCAGCAGCUGGAAGCUGAGCAGGGAUCCCAUCCUUUCCAAGAAGUUGAGGACUCUCCUGAAUGUUUACAAGAAGCCCCAACUUGCCUUAAUAAUAGUAUCAACCCUGUGGUCUCUGAUGAGGAUAUGUAAGGAUCCCCAAUAUGAAAAUAAAUGUUUAUUUAGUGUCA